CAAAAACAUUGCUACCCCUGAAACAAGAACAGAAAAACAAAAUAGGCAUUUAUCGGAAAAUAAAUUAAUAAAUAAACCCACCCAACCAAGGCACAAACUGUUUGUUUAUCGCGAAUCAGAGAGACAGAAAAGUUUUUGUAUUCGGCUUUGCUUUGGAGAAGGAGGCCGGUGGGCAUGGACUCGCACGUGCCCAGCAACCCAAAUGAGUCGUGGACGGACGAGAAGCAUGUGCACUUCUUGAACUCCAUGGAGGCAUGGUUCGUCCGAACAAUGCUUGAGAACAACGACCGCUAUAAUCUCCGUCUCGACCGAUACCUUCCAGACAGCUCUGAGUCGACUCUCGAUUGCAAACAGAAUAUUCAUAUAAGGAAAAAGCAUGCCACCUCAGUGGAUUUUAUUGGCACAAGUAGAAGCAAAAUGAAGGGUAGGCCCGGUAAAAGAUCAAGGAGACCACCAGCUCAGCCGCAUGAUUCAUCACAAGAUCAGGUGCUAUGGGCCCAGUUAGCUGGUGGUCCCACAGAUUGAAAACGGAAGAGGAGAUAAAGAUGAGAAAGACCUUCCUAAUGUACCAGUUCCAUCCAUGGCACCCGCAAAAUGAUAAAAAGAUUAUUCUUGUUUUAGGACUUAUUUUUAUUUAAUUUCUUUUCCAUUGCUUCUUUCACUUCUUCAGUGUAGUGGGUUUCUAAGUAGAAUAUAUAAGCAGUGGCGAGGUUUGUGAGUGUAUGUACUACGAAAAAUGGCUGAAUUAUGCCUGGCUAACAUUUCUAAUAGUACUUGAGUUUCCAGGAUUAUGACAAUGCCCUUUUAGUCCUGUAUAUCGGCUGACUGAUUUAUGGAAGAUAUUUUCACGAUA